GAAGUUUUUUCAAACCUGUUGAAGAUACACGAUACACAGACAGUUUGAGGUUCGGAUUAAGUCUGGCUUUUUGAUAGGAUUCUAUUAACAAACAUCAAUAAACAACAAAAUGGGUUUAGUUGUCCACGAAUCAGGUUCAUUCCAACACAUCUUGCGUUUGUUAAACACCAACGUCGAUGGUAGAAUCAAGGUUAUGUACGCCUUGACCACCAUUAGAGGUGUCGGUAGAAGAUACGCCAACUUGGUCUGUAAGAAGGCUGAUGUUGAUCUUUCUAAGAGAGCUGGUGAGUUGACCCAAGAAGAAUUGGAAAGAAUUGUCACCAUCAUGCAAAACCCAACCCAAUAUAAGAUCCCAGCAUGGUUCUUGAACAGACAAAAGGAUGUUGUCGACGGUAAGGACCACCACGUCUUAGCCAACAACUUGGAAUCCAAGUUGAGAGAUGACUUGGAAAGAUUAAAGAAGAUGAGAGCUCACAGAGGUUUAAGACACUCUUGGCACUUAAGAGUUAGAGGUCAACACACCAAGACCACUGGUAGAAAGGGUAAAUCCAUCUAAUAGUGCUGCUCUAGUCAAGGUUUGUUUUCUGAAAACUCGCCCCUCCCAUCCCCUUUAUAAUAUAGUAUUAUAGUUAUAAUUAUUAAAAUACAAAUAUAAUAAACUAACAAAUG